GCUUCUGGUGCUCGUCGCCCUGCUGCUGGUCAACGCUCUGCAGAUCCGCUUCAAGCAGAGCUCCCUUGACGACCUCUUCAGAGCAUUCAAGGAUGAGAUCUCGGCGUCCGUGGAAGCGAAGCUGGGCACGACCAAGACAUCCAUCAUCUCGGAGAUAUCGAACCACUCCACUGGCUUGGUCAGAGCUGUGGCUGCGCGGCAGGAUGCAGUUAAUCAGCAAGUUCAGGUUCAGCUCACUGAUCUUCAAGCAAGAAGUGAUGUGUUGGAACACUCGCAGCACGAGAUGCGGAAGCAAAUGGAGGAGAUGCGGAAAGAACUUCACUGCCAAGAGAAGGCCAUCCCGAUCAAGGACUAUGAGGACAUGCAGGUGUGGGAUCGCCAGCCAGACCCGACGGUGCUUAUUGCGAGCUUGUCGGAGAUCGCCAGCAAGGAGAAGGUCAUUGCGGAGCUCUCUGAGUGGCUCUCUGAGGCAGGUAUUGGGGAGAAUCAAUACAAGCUCAUUGGUGACAGUCCCAGCAAGAAGUAUGUCAUACAGAUGCUCGGCAAUAGUGAUGCUGCACAGCGCAAAGUUCGUGCGGCUAGACGGGCGCUCAAGCGGGACGCUCAGAACUGGAGGCAAUUUGGAACUGAUGCAGUGCCUGGUGGACGGGCAAAAAUAUUCGUGGGACUGGACAAAUCGGCCAGACAGAUCAGAACGGAAGUACAAACAAAACGCUUGGCGUCCUUUGUCAAAUAUCAGUUACCUAACAAGAGAAUCAAGCAUGACAGAGCCAAGGGAAUCGUGUUCAUCGACAGCAUACCGACGAUUACGGUCCAGGCGGGUGACUCGUUCGAGUCCAAGAGCCGCUUACUAUGGAACUGCACUGCAGUCACGUCGCAGGGAGUGGACCAGAAGGCGCUGCAGGAUACGUUCAAUGCUACAUUCAAUGCGGUCGAGGACUCAGUGCAAUGA